UUUCCGCCAUUAAUAUCACCUCUAUUUCCCUCUCUCACUAAAUGUAUUAUUUGUACUCUUCCACUAGUUGCAUGUUCAUAUUGAUGUUGUCACCUCUCAUCUGUUUCAUUAAUUGAAACCUGCCACAUUGUUUGUUUUUGCAUAUCUUCCUAGAAAUUUUCACCCGCGUAUAUUUGCUGGACUUCCGUGCCGUAUCUCAUCAAUUAAACUCAUUUUUCUUCAUUUUCCUCCCCCAAUUUGCACCAACUAUGACGAUUGCGCCGACGGCAAUAGUGAUUGUGCCCUUAGCAGUGUUCUUCUUCAUUUCCGGCCUCAUCGUCAAUUCAAUUCAGGCGGUAUGUUUUGUGCUAAUAAGACCGCUAUCGAAGAGCACUUAUAGGAGGAUAAAUAAGGAGGUGGCUGAGCUACUGUGGCUCGAGCUCGUGUGGCUGGUUGACUGGUGGGCUGGUGUUAAGAUUGAAUUGUACACUCACACUGAGACCUUUAAUUUAAUGGGUAAAGAGCAUGCACUUCUCAUAUGUAAUCAUAAAAGUGACAUUGAUUGGCUUGUUGGAUGGGUUUUGGCUCAGCGAGCUGGUUGCCUAGGUAGCUCGUUAGCAGUUAUGAAGAAAUCAUCAAAGUUUCUUCCGGUGAUAGGAUGGUCCAUGUGGUUUUCUGAGUAUCUCUUUCUUGAAAGAAGCUGGGCAACAGAUGAAAGCACGUUAAAGGUGGGACUGCAACAGCUGAGGGAUUUCCCUCGACCAUUUUGGCUAGCUCUCUUUGUUGAGGGUACUCGUUUCACACAGGCAAAACUUUUAGCAGCUCAAGACUACGCAUCCUCAACUGGGCUACCUGUUCCAAGAAAUGUGUUGAUUCCUCGUACUAAGGGUUUUGUUGCUUCAGUAAGUCAUAUGCGUUCAUUUGUCCCAGCAAUUUAUGAUGCAACUAUUGCUAUUCCCAGAAGUUCUCCUACACCAACCAUACUGCGACUAUUUAGAGGGAAAUCAUCUGUGGUGCAUGUCCACCUUAAGAGACACUUAAUGAGGGAUCUGCCAACAACAAACGAAGAUGUUUCUCAGUGGUGCAAGGAUGCCUUUGUUGCCAAGGACGCUCUAUUAGACAAGCAUAUCUCUGAAAAUUCCUUUGGUGAGCACCGGCAAGACAUUGGGCGCCCAGUUAAGUCCCUUCUGGUUGUUACUUCUUGGGGAGUUUUACUCAUCUUGGGGGCUUUGAAAAUUAUCCAGUGUUUCUCUCUCUUCUCCUCAUGGAAAGGCAUCACAUUUUCGGCCAUUUCUUUGGGAGUUGUCACUGUUCUCAUGCAAGUCUUGAUUCAGUUCUCACAGUCGGAGAGAUCCACCCCUGCAAAGGUUGCGCCAUCUGCAAAUGGGAAGAGCUCUUCGCAGUCUAGACAAGAAAAACAACAGUAAGUGUUGUGUAUCAUUUUGUGUUAAGUUCUUUUAGUUUAGAGUUCCUCGUUGGAUGGGGUUGGAAUGCAUACGUUUAUCAAAUUGAAAAAUUCAAAAAGUAUUUGAAUGUUUGAUAAUUAAGUUGCUUAUUUUUUUAAAA